GACGCUUUUUUUUUUUUUGUUUUUAUCAGGCGCUCAGUCCCUAAUAUACUUCUGAGAAAGAUUGAAAUCGAAUAGCAUUUUCAUUGGGUUAUUGCCCUUUCUCUUGCAAUUUACAAUCCUUUUCCUUGUUCUAUUUACCUGCAAGCGAAUAUUUGAUAACGAAUCAGAAAAAUUAUCUACAUCUAUCUAAUCGACGAAAUCUCGGCGUGACAGCGCUACGCAGCGCCCCAAGAACGCGAAUCCAGCGCACACCUCUCGACGCGCCGACUACGAUCCUAAUAUUUCUUUGAUUUCCAUGACUUCUUCGAGGAAUAUAUUGGAUCCUGCAGCGUACACUGUCGCGUGGUUUGCUCCACUGGAGAUCGAGGCCCGGGCGGCGCUCCACCUCUUGGACAACAGGCAUAAUGGCAGUUUCCGCAUGGCCCCCGGGAAUGACUACGUCUUCCAAGCCGGCGACGUAUGUGGGCAUAAUGUUAUUAUUGCAACUUUCCCCGCUGGUCAAAAAUAUGGUACUGGAUCAGCCGCCGCUCUCGCGAGCCAGGUCAAGAAUUUCUUCCCAAACCUUUGGUUCGGUUUGCUUGUUGGUGUCGCAGCAGGUCUUCCGAAUCUCUCACGAAAUCCGCCGCUCGAUAUCCGUCUCGGCGAUAUCCUUGUUGGCUUGGCCGCGGGUAAUAGCGCUGGACUUAUAGCUUACGAUUUGGGGAAAGAGACGGGCAAAGAUGGGUUUGAACUUCUAAAUCAUGGCUAUGCAUUGGCCAACACAGAAACUAUCGUCAGAUCAGCCAUUGGUAGUAUCAAGCUUAAAGAGCCGAAGGAUACGAACCUGUUUUUACCAUAUUACAAAAGCAUACAAAACAAAGAGCACUCUUACGGUACGUUUCAUGAUCCUGGACAGGAUAUUGAUAUGCUCUAUCAAUUUGAUAGAGACGGGAUUGAACGCUUGGUCCAACGAGAUCAAAGGCCAGAUGACAAACGAGUUCGAGUGUGGUACGGAUCAAUAGGGUCAGGAGAAAAGUUAAUGAAGAAUGCUCGGGAACGCGACAAGUUGAGGGAUAAGUACAAUCUGAUUGGUCUUGAGAUGGAAGCAGCUGGAACUAUGGAUUGCAUUCCCGUCGGCGUCAUCCGAGGAGUUUGUGAUUAUGGAGACGAACAUAAAAAUAAAGACUGGCAGCCAUACGCUGCGGCAAUGGCUGCUGCCUACGCCAAAGCUGUUUUGGCUGAAAUACCGCCCGAUUUUGUGCCACAACAGAUAAUUAUGAGCGACGGGCGUAAGCGCGGACUAGAUGAAGAGGAUUCACGGUCUAUUUUGGAUAGACGCAGGAAACGCCAUAAUUGCGGCGAGCACUCUCCCGAGAAUACGGUUCCAAAGCUCCUAGUAUCUACAUACCAUAACCACAGGAGGGCAACAACCAAUAUCUUGGAAGGCACCCCGGACCAAUAUAAUGAGAUUAGCCCUUUGGAAGUGAAUGAGGAGUCAGCAGAGCCUGGCGCCGUCAUCGAGGAGAUGCCCACGUCAGCUACAAAGAAGAGUCAUAUUAUCCACGCUGAUACGAGACAGUCAUUAAUAGAUCAGCUCUAUUUCGACAAAAUUGACGAGCGUCUAACACACCUAACAGCUGCCCAGAGGGGAACCUGUCGCUGGUUCCUCUUUAAGCCCGAAUACAUAUCCUGGCAUAACAUGGCACAACAACCAGAUCACGGCGGUCUACUAUGGAUUAAAGGUAAUCCUGGUACGGGAAAGUCGACAUUAAUGAAAUUCCUUUUCGAGGAAGCCAAGCUUGGCGCAAAAGGGCAUCCAUCACAAAUCCUUCUAUCUUUUUUCUUUCUUGCGCGAGGUACCGACGACGAGAAGUCAACGAUAGGGCUAUAUCGCUCUCUCCUUCAUCAGCUCUUUCAGCAGAUUCCAGAGACAAAGGACAGUUUAGAAUGGAUGACCGCUGAUGGUGCCAAGACCGUCCAGAGGAAUAGAUGGCAAGAGGAAUCUUUGAAGCAAACAUUAGCACACGCAGUUCAGAAACUUGGCAGCAGGUCGCUAACAAUAUUCGUCGACGCGCUUGAUGAGUGUAACCAAGAUCAAGUUGCAUAUAUGGUUUCUUUCUUUGAGGAACUAUGCGACAGCGCAAGAGAGAAGUCCUUUUGGCUGCGAGUCUGCUUCUCUAGCCGGCAUUACUCGACUGUGACCAUCCAACAGGGAAUCGAAAUUAUUUUAGAGCACGAACGUGGACACACAGACGAUAUUGAACACUACAUCAAGUCAAAGCUCAGGAUAGGCAAGUCGAAACAAGCCGAAUCCCUUCGAAACGAAAUUCUCGCGAAGUCUUCUGGAAUAUUUCUUUGGGCUGUCUUAGUUCUUGAUAUUCUUAACCGUGAAUAUUCUAAAAGCAAGAUGCCUAUCAAAAAGAUGCGCGAUCGUCUUAAAGAAAUCCCACCGAGAUUAAACGACCUGUUUCAGAUGAUUCUUACACGAGAUGGUGAGAACCUUGAUCUGACAGAAGCUUGUCUCAAAUGGAUCCUCUUCGCGUCUCGCCCACUCAAACCCCCGGAGCUCUAUUUUGCUGUCCAGCUCAAGUUCGAUAAAGAAUGUUCGGGUCUUUGGGACAGAGAAGAUAUAGAACCAGAUGAGAUGACGGCUUUCGUGAGGAGUUCAUCUAAGGGUCUAGCUGAAGUCACACGAAAUCGAGCUUCUGAAGUUCAAUUUAUCCAUGAGUCCGUUCGAGGUUUCUUGUUAGAAAAUUACAGCAAAUGGUCUAAAGAGUCCGGCAAUUUAGCUGGGCAUGGCCACGAGUUUCUUAAGGAAUGUUGCUUAGCUCAAGUGAUGAGUAAAGAUAUUGAUAUGCCAAAAUCUUUACCAAAAGUUUCCCAGGCAAUUGAGUUGAGGAGCUCGAUUGAUUCGAAGUUUCCAUUUCUAGGGUACGCAAUUCGCAAUCUCUUUCACCACGCCAAUAUUGCGCAAAGGAAUGAUAUGCAACAGAGAGAAUUUCUCAAAAAUGCUCCUCUCCAGCGAUGGAUAUUCUUCAACAACGCGGUCGAAAAAUACGAUACUCGACGUUAUACAGAAUCGGCAAGGUUACUUUAUAUUCUUGCAGAAAAUAAUUUGCUAGACCUCAUUAAUGUUCAUUCGGAUGAGGAUUAUUUCGGCGUUGGAGAUGAGCGUUAUGGCACACCGAUUUUUGCGGCGCUGGUUAACAAUAGUCGCGAAGUGGUGAAAGCAUUUUUGGACGCUCAAUCGGAAAUUGUACCCGAAGAAUCCACAUUUCACGAUUUAUAUAAACUCUACUGCCAAAAUAAACCCAGCAAACCCAGUGUUGGACGAUACUAUAUUUUCUCGCGAAAACGGGGCAUUAUCUACAAUCUCGUCAAAUUUCAUGAAAUAUUCCUCAUUGCAUACCUAAUUUCUCAAAAGGUAGACGUAAACCUGAGGGAUAGCUUUAACCGGACACCGCUAUCAUACGCCGCUGAGACUGGCUAUACUGCCACAAUCAAGGUUUUGCUUGCUCAUGAGAGUAUUGAUGUAAACGUUAAAGAUAACAAUUACUGGACGCCGUUAUCGUGGGCUGCUUGUAACGGUAAUGAAAACGUUGUCAAAUUACUCCUUGAAAACAACGCAAAUAUUGAGGCGGCAGAUUUUGAUGACCGGACACCGUUAUCAUUGGCUGCUCGUUAUGGACAUGAAAACGUUGUCAAAUUACUCCUUGAUAACAACGCGAAUAUUGAGGCGGCAGAUUUUGAUUGCCAGACGCCGUUAUCGUUGGCUGCUCGUUAUGGGUUUGAAAAUGUUGUUAAAUUACUCCUCGAUAACAACGCAAACAUUGACUCAGCAGAUAACGAAGGCCAGACGCCGUUAUCGUGGGCUACUAUUAUAGGUAAUCAUUCUAUUAUCAAGCUUUUACAAUCUCGGACAUCAUACGUAUAAGUCACUUCUUAAUUCAAUAAUAAUGCUAGUCGACGAGCAUUAACUCUGUGCAAAAUGAUGAAUAUUUACGCAUUUUCUAGUGGCUUCCUAGGGCCAUAUAGCUAAAACUUUUCAGAUAUUCGCUCCAUGGAUAUUGGUUUUCAUUUCAUAUCAUGUCAGAUUAGGCAUCCUUUACAAGGAUAACAAGCUCGGGGGA